UUUUGAGAUCAAGUGUUGUAAACAAACGUCAAAACAGACAAUGAGUUUAGUGUUUAGUAAACAACUGAUUGAUUGACAACUAUUCRUGUAUUUUGUGUUUUGACUGUUAAUGUCGAGGAUGUCGUCAGAGUCAUCAACUCGUCCUCAAAACAUACCUCUUGUUGAUCACAAUGCAGUCGACUCUCAUUUCAGUGACAACUCCGACCACUCAUUGAUGAUAUCGUCGUUGAAGAAGUCGAGUGACCACACAAUCAACCAAAGCUUACCAAAUGAAAGAAGUGCUAAAUAUGUGAUGACAUGUCGUGUCUGCGGUCACGACAGGUGUACCUUCUUUUGUAUGGAUUGUGUCAGAAAAGGUGACUUUUAUGGCAUUUCAAAGACUAGAAUCAGAGAAAUCUUUGCCGAAAAGAAACUCAAAUAUUUCAGACUUAAAGACGAACAAAGACUUAUAUCAGAGACCAUUGAUAGACAUCUAAAUGAUUUGAUGAUUAAAGAAGAAUUGGAGUUUAAGAUCCGAUUGAUUGAAUCCAAUGGCGAAUGUCUGCAAAACAGUUUAACGAAAGCCAAACAAAAGUUGAACUCAAGUGAAGAUAAUCUCAGGAAAACUGUUGCCAAUCAAAGUGAAUGCAAAGUAAGRUGUAAUAAAUUGAAGGACAAAGUGAAAGAUGCAAAACAAUAUCUGAAUAAACGUCACAAUAAUAUCAAUAAAACCAAUGAUGAUAAAGACAAUUGUGAUGAAGAUAUUAAAGUAAUGGCUAAACAAAGAGUCAAACAGUUAACGACAUUUAUAUUUCCUAUUGAAGCAAAAGAAGGUGUAAUUGAUAGCAAUGAUUGUCAUUCAUUGACGAGCUCUGAAUCGACUCCAUUACUGGAACCGAUCUCUUAUAGUCCAAACCCAAGCAAUUAUUCAAUAGUCGAGCCAUGGAUUAAUGGAAAUGGAGAUUAUUCUUUAUUUGCUUUAUUUGCCACAAAUGAAAGGGAUUAUCCUAAUAAAGAUUCGUGUUAUCGAAAUGCUAGGUAUAGGAUAUGUGCAGCACUGGCAUACAUCACACAACUUAUUAGUUUAAUUGCCUUUUAUUUAGAUAUACGACUUCCCAAACGUCUCACUUAUAGUGAAUUUUAUUUAAGUGAUUUGAAUGAAACACAAUUUAUACAYAAAGUGGCAAAACUUAACACAAAUAUUGUUUAUUUAUGUCUUUCGCAAAAUCUUGAUUCAGAGCUAUUGAUUGGACGAUUAACUGUUAAAAAUUUAUUACAUUUGUUGAACUCAUCGCCAAAUUUAGGCAUUAGGAAUCGUCCUAUUAUUGUUAGAUCAGACUUCUUGGAAAAUCUCGAAGAUUGUCUUUUAGAAGACUUGGAACUACUGGAAGAUGUUGUGGACAUUGGCAGUGAUCAGAAUGACGAGAAUCUGAUUGUUGAGUACGAUUGGGUUGAAAAUAACAUACCAGACUUACAACUUAAUGACGUACAGCAAACUAGUAUUGCCAGUAAUGUCAUAUCAACAUUAUCAUCAUUUUUUAGAUCUUGAGAACAAAAUAUAGAUGAUUAUCGGUAUUAAUAUUUAGUCAAUACA